GAGUACCUGUUCAGGUGGACCAGGAGGACUCGUUAGAAGAACCAUGAUGGCACUGCAAUGGGUGAAGCCGUGGAUCGCUCUCGUCUUCGGACUAUCUGCUGCACAUUCUGAGACUGUUAUGAUUCCAGAUAUGACUUCCAUUGGGAGUCUAUAUGAUUCCAAACUGCAAAUCUUAUCAGCAGGAGUGAGUCCCACUCAUAACGGGCAGGUCUGCAGCACAUGGGGUAACUACCACUACAAAACCUACGAUGGAGACUUCUUCCAGCUGCCCUACACCUGUAACUACGUGCUGUCGUCAUUGUGUAAGAGCAGCAGUGGCUACGAGGCCUUUAACAUUCAGCUGCAGCGCGGGGAGGUAGAUGGGCUGCCCACCAUCACUAAGGUUUCUUUGAAGCUGGAUGGAACCUUCGUGGAGCUGGCCAACGGUAACGUCAGCGUCAACGGAUUAAAGGUCACCAUACCAUUUGGUCAGUUUAACAUCUUCAUUGAGAGGACUGUUUCCUAUGUGAAGAUCACAGCCAAGCUGGGGUUAGUCGUCAUGUGGAAUGAAGAUGAUUCCCUCUGGGUGGAGCUGGACUCAAAGUUCCAGAAUCAGACUUGUGGGCUGUGUGGAGACUUCAACGGAGUCCAGAUUUACGACGAGUUCAUUAGUCAUGGUGAUCAUCUGAAGACAAUCGACUAUGGUGAUAUUUGGAAGAUGAAUGGCCCAACAGAGACCUGUACAGAAAUCCCUGGUCACACUGAACAGUGUGAAGAACAGACCGAACUUUGUGAGCAGCUUCUCACCAGUCUUGCCUUCAGUAGCUGUAAGGACCUGAUUGCCACAGACUCCUUCAUCAAGGCCUGUGCAGAAGACAUGUGUCACUGUGGCAACAGCAGCAGCAGUUCCUGCGCCUGCCCCACCAUGUCUGAGUACUCCCGCCAGUGUGCUCACGCAGGGGGGAAACCCCAAGAGUGGAAGACCGACCAGUUCUGCAUGAAGACGUGUCCUUUAAGCAUGCAGUACCAGGAGUGUGGUAGUCCCUGCACUGAUACCUGCUCCAACCCAAAGAGGAACCAGCAUUGUGAGGAACACUGCACCGACGGAUGCUUCUGCCCUGCUGGAACUGUGUUUGAUGACAUCACUCAUAAAGGCUGUGUAGCUGUGAACCAGUGCUUUUGUCUCCACAACGGACAAUCUUACCAACCUGGACAAUCAUUCUCAAGAACAUGCCAUGAAUGUACCUGUAACCAAGGCCAGUGGAGUUGUGUGGAUCUAGAUUGCCCAGCUACCUGCUCCAUAGUGGGAGGUUCCCACAUCACCACCUACGAUGGGAAAGCCUACACCUUCCAUGGAGACUGCUCAUAUGUCCUGUCCAAGCAAACCAACAAGACUGCUUUCACAGUCCUGGGUGACAUAGUGAAAUGUGGGAAGACGGACGUUGAGACCUGCCUAAGAUCUGUAACCCUGGUGACUCCAGAGUCCAUGAUUAUCGUCAUCGAGGCCAGUGGAAAGGUCUUUGUCAACAAGAUGUUUUCUCAGUUGCCGCUUUUCAUGGCGGAUGUAAAGAUCUUUCAGCCCUCUACGUUCUACAUCGUUGUGCAUACCUCUUAUGGGCUCCGACUAGAGGUGCAGAUAACACCUAUAAUGCAGGUCUACAUCGUAGCUAGCAGUUCACACAAAGAAAAAACCCAGGGUCUUUGCGGAGACUUUAACAGCGUCCAAGCUGACGACUUCAGAACCAUCAAUGGACUGGUGGAAGGAACCGCUGUAACAUUCGCCGACACGUGGAAGAACAAAGCAAGCUGUCCUGAUGUGGCACAGAGCUUUGAGAUCCCAUGCAGUCUGAGUGUAGAGAACGAGAGAUAUGCCAAGCACUGGUGCUCGAUGAUGUCAGAUCGUGCAGGAAUAUUUUCCCAAUGCCACACUGAGAUCAACCCAAAUUACUACAAGGAAAUCUGCCAAUAUGACAGCUGUAACUGUGAGAGGAGUGAGGAGUGCAUGUGUGCUGCGGUCUCCUCCUACGUCCAUGCAUGUGCUGCUGCAGGCGUCCUGCUCAGUGGAUGGAGAAACACCACCUGUGGGAAGUACUCCUCUAGCUGCCCUGACACGAUGGUCUAUGACUACACCAUGACCAGCUGUGACCGGACCUGUCGUUCACUGAGCCAGCCAGACUUUACAUGCCAGUUAGACCAUGUGUCUGUGGACGGCUGUGGCUGUGCCGAGGGAACCUACCUGAACGACCAGGGAGAGUGUGUCCCUGCCUCACGCUGCUCCUGCUACCAUGGAGGCACAGUAGUACCCCCUGGAGAGGUCACCAGUAUCUAUGGGGUUACUUGCUCAUGCAGACAAGGGAAAUUAAGCUGUGCUGGAGAACCAAAACAAUUAUCCUGUGAAGAACCAAUGGGUUUCUUCAACUGUUCAAGUGCAGGGCCCGGAGCCAAGGGCUCAGAGUGUCAGAAGAGCUGUCAAACACUAGACAGUCACUGUAUCAGUGCAGAGUGUGUGUCGGGCUGUGUAUGUCCUGAUGAUCUGCUGUCUGAUGGAAACGGAGGAUGCAUCAAGGAAGACCUAUGUCCCUGUUCUCACAAUGGAGUCUACUACCAACCUGGACAUGUGCUCAAAGUAGACUGCAAUACCUGCACCUGCGAAGGGAGAAAAUGGCAGUGUACCAAUAAGGAGUGUGAUGGGAUGUGUGCCAUAUAUGGAGAUGGGCAUUUCAUCACUUUUGAUGAGGAAAGGUUCACUUUCAAUGGAGAUUGUGAAUACACUCUUACUCAGGACUACUGCAGCAACAAUCCAAACGGUACCUUCAGAGUGAUCACAGAGAACAUUCCCUGUGGAACCACUGGCACCACCUGUUCCAAGGCCAUCAAGCUCUUCUUGGGGAGCAAUGAGAUCAUACUAGCAGAUGAAUCUGUAAAAGUGAUCAAACAAGAGAACGGGGUAGACGUGCCAUACCAGGUCCACUCUAUCGGUCUCUAUGUUGUUGUUGAGGCUGAAAAUGGCCUGAUCCUCAUGUGGGAUAAGAAGAAUAGCCUGUUCAUCAAACUCAGCUCUACCUUCCAGGGCCAAGUGUGUGGUCUGUGUGGAAACUAUGACGGUAAUGGAAAGAACGACUUCACGUCCAGAAACCAGGAAGUGGUGGUUGAAGCUCUGGAGUUUGGAAACAGCUGGAAAGUGUCACCCAGUUGCCCCAACGCUGAUGUCAUAAAAAACCCAUGCACUUUAAGAUCAUACAGGCAGUCCUGGUCUCUCAAACGCUGCAGCAUCAUCACCAGUAAGGUUUUCUCAGCCUGCCACUCACAGGUGGACCCCACGCCAUUCCAUGAUGCCUGUGUGAGGGACUCGUGUGCCUGUGACACUGGGGGAGACUGCGAGUGUUUCUGUACAGCUGUAGCAGCCUACGCCCAGGCCUGUAACGAGGCAGGGGCUUGUAUCAAGUGGAGAACACCAGAUAUCUGCCCUCUGUUCUGUGAUUUCUACAACCCUAUUGGUGAGUGUGAGUGGCAUUAUAAUCCAUGUGGAUAUCCCUGUAUGAAGACCUGCAAGAAUCCCUCAGGAACAUGCUCCAGUCAGAUCCCUGCGCUGGAAGGUUGCUAUCCAAAAUGUCCUUCGGCCAAGCCUUAUUUGGAAGAAAGUUCCAUGAAGUGUGUCCCUAUCGUGGACUGUGGUUGCUACGAUGGAGAUGGAACUCAUUACAGCGAGGGAGAGGUUAUACCUUCCAAGGAGAACUGUCAGAGAUGUCUUUGCUCAUCAACUGAGGUCAGAUGCAGCUAUGAUGUCCAAGCUUGCUAUUGUUUAUACGACGGCAGAACGUACCCGUAUGGAGCGACCAUAUAUCACACAUCUGAUGGUGAUGAGACCUGUAUUGCUGCCACCUGCAAAGAGAACGGAACCAUUGUCCGGAUUAUGAAUCCCUGUCCCAGCACCACAACUCCACCAAGUGUUACAACAACACAGAUAUCCACUCAAGCACCGACCACCACAGUAUUUGUUUUCUCAACUCCUACCACUACCCCAACCACAACUCCUACCACUACCCCCACAACAACCCCUACCACCUACACAACCGCUACCACUACCCCCACAACAACCACUACACCGUCAACAACCCCUACCACUACCCCCACAACAACCCCUACCACUACCCCCACAACAACCACUACUUCACCAACAACCACUUCACCCACUACUACUCCACCCUGCCUGAUCAAGACUGUCUGUGAUUGGUCAGACUGGAUUAGCAAAUACUAUCCCUCUGUUGGACCAGAAGGAGGAGAUUAUGAAACCAUAGAAAAUAUAAGGAAAUCUGGUAUUGAUAUUUGUAGCCAACCUCAGGAAGUAGAAUGCAGAGCCGAAGAAAACAUCGAUGUUCCUUUGGCCGAACUAGGUCAAAAUGUUAAAUGCAAUCCCUCAGUUGGACUGAUAUGCCACAACAAGGAUCAAGGCAUCCCACCAAUAUGCUACAACUACGAGAUCAGAGUCAGAUGUUGUGUUGAUGUUUGUAGCAAUGAGACAACUACCACCUCAGAAAGGCCCACAACAAUCAUUACAACAUCAACAACUAUCCCAACAACAACAACAACAACAACAGAAAGUCCAACAACAACAACUACCCCAACAACAACAACAACAACAACAGAAAGUCCAACAACAACACCAACAACAACACCAACAACAACAACAACAGAAAGUCCAACAACAACAACUAUCCCAACAACAACAACAACAACAACAAGAACAACAACUAUCCCAACAACAACAACAACAACAACAGAAAGUCCAACAACAACAACUACCCCAACAACAACAACAACAACAACAACAACAACAGAAAGUCCAACUACCCCAACAACAACAACAACUACCCCAACAACAACAACAACAACAACAACAACAACAGAAAGUCCAACAACAACAACAGAAGGUCCAACAACAACAACAACAACAACAACAACAACAACAACAAACACCACAGGAAGUCCAUCAACCACAGUAACGGCUGAGACAACAACAUAUUCCACAACAAGCGAAACAACAGGGGAAAUUACAACUGGUCCAGAAUCAACAACACCCACAACAACCAUUACACCAACAACAACAACAACAACAACAACAGAAAGUCCAACAACAGAAAGUCCAACAACAACAACUACCCCAACAACAACAACAACAACAGAAAGUUCAUACAAUGACAAAUAUGUGCAUUCAUGUCAGGGAGCACAAAUGACCCGUGACUUUGUAUGUGACUCAUUCAUGGAGGGCUGUUUCUGCCCUGAUGGUACCGUCUUGUUCAACACAUUCUCUGACACCUGUGUUCGUGACUGUGGAUGUACAGGACCCGAUGGAAAACCCAAACAGUUUGGUGAGACUUGGAACAGUAACUGCCAGAAGUGCACGUGUAAUGCUGACACACUGAGUGUCCAGUGUGAACCAGUGAAACGUCUGCCACAAGAAAUUGUUACCUGUAAGAAGUACGGUGAGGUGUUGGUCAACGAGACGGUGGACUGCUGUCAGAUAAAUAAAUGCGUACCCAAACCUGUUUGUGUCUACAAUAAUACUGAAUACACGCUUGGUGAAAAUGUUCCCAGCGGCACCUGUGAGGAGUGCAAGUGUGGCCCUAAUAAGGAUCCAGUUUCCAAGCUGUAUGUUGUAGACUGUGUCCAAAUCAACUGUUCCACCACUUGCCAAACGGGUUAUGAGUAUGAAGUCGUACCUGAGAAAUGUUGUGGAACGUGUGUCCAGAAGGACUGUGUUGUAGUUCUCCCAGAUGCCACAUCUCACAUCAUUCAGCUUGGGAAGUUUUGGUUACCCCCUAGUGACCGCUGUGUGAAGUAUGACUGCUCAAAAACAAACAAACAGCUCAUCGUUGUGAAAUCCAAAUUGGAAUGCCCAGUGUUCCGUCCAGAGGACUGCGUCCCUGGAACUGAGAAAACUGAUGCAAGUGGAUGUUGCACAACCUGCACUUUACGUAGUCACUGUGAUGUGACUAACACCACCACCUACCUAGAGGUGAAUAACUGCAGGUCUACUGUGCCGGUGGAAAUCUCAGCCUGCGGGGGAUCCUGUGGAACGUCUUCUAUGUACUCUGCAGAGAAAAACACCUUGAUGCACUCCUGCUCCUGCUGUCAGGAGAUGUCUACCAGUGAGAGGAAGGUGGAGAUGCUCUGCCCUGACGGGAAGAAGAUCAUGCAGAACUACAUUUACAUUGAUAAGUGCGGCUGCCAUGACUCUGAGUGUGACAAGAAGAACCACGUAGAUUAG